AAAGCCAGGCCCAGGAAACUUUACCCAGGGUAACAGCCGAGGCGCUUUACGGCGACGGCGGCUGAGUGUGAGGCUUGGCGGCGGUGGAGGCAGCCGCGGCGGUGCGGGAGGCGGCGGCGGCCGAGGAGGAAGAGGAGUGGCGGCAGUGGCGGCGGGGACCUGUUCGGGGAUGGCGGAGGUACCGCCUGGGCCUAGCAGCCUCCUCCCACCACCAGCACCUCCGGCCUCGGCGGCGGCCGAGCCCCGCUGUCCCUUCCCGGCGGGGGCCGCCCUCGCCUGCUGCAGCGAGGACGAGGAGGACGACGAGGAGCACGAAGCCGGCGGCGGCGGCGGCGGCGGGAGCCUGGCGGGCGGCGAGGCGACGGCGGCGGCCAAGGGGCAUCCGUGCCUCCGCUGCCCCCAGCCGCCGCAGGAGCAGCUGCAGCUCAACGGAUUGAUCAACCCCGAACUGCGGCACCUCCGGACGGCCGCCUCCCUCAAGAGCAAGGUUUUGAGCGCGGCCGAGGCGGCCACGGUCACGGCCACCCCCGCCGGGGGCCCCAGAGCGACUGCAACAAAAGGAGCCGGGGUACACUCGGGCGAGAGCCCCCCUCCCUGCCUCCCCAAUAAUGCAAGAACUGCGCUCCCCAGCCCCGCAGAGGCAGCGGCGGCGAGCGAUCCCGCGGCGGCCCGCAAUGGACUGGCGGAGGGCCCGGAGCAGGAGGAGGAGGAAGACGAGCAGGUGCGGCUGCUGUCUUCAUCCCUGACCGCCGGCUGCAGUUUGAGAAGCCCUUCAGGCCGGGAGGUUGAGCCUGGGGAGGAUCGGACUAUACGUUAUGUCCGAUAUGAAUCCGAGCUGCAAAUGCCCGAUAUCAUGAGACUGAUCACCAAAGAUCUGUCUGAACCCUACUCCAUUUAUACCUAUAGAUAUUUUAUCCACAACUGGCCACAGCUGUGCUUCUUGGCCAUGGUAGGGGAGGAGUGUGUAGGUGCCAUCGUUUGCAAGUUGGAUAUGCACAAAAAGAUGUUCCGCAGAGGUUAUAUAGCCAUGUUAGCCGUGGAUUCCAAAUACAGGAGAAAUGGCAUUGGUACUAACUUGGUUAAGAAAGCUAUAUAUGCUAUGGUUGAAGGAGACUGUGAUGAGGUUGUUUUGGAAACAGAAAUAACGAAUAAGUCUGCUUUGAAACUUUAUGAAAAUCUUGGUUUUGUUCGAGAUAAGAGGCUGUUCAGAUACUAUUUAAAUGGAGUUGAUGCACUGCGACUUAAAUUGUGGCUGCGUUGAGAAACUGACAUCAAGGAACAACUUUCCAACGAUGCAGAAUCGACCUUUGCAUGCAAUGCAAUUUGUACAGAAUUGCUUUGCAGGUGGAUUUAGUGAUUUCCAUGCAGCUCUUAUCUGUCAGUGUCUCAUUUGAGUGUCGCACAAUAUUUGUUGCACUUUGGCAUGGCGCAUUUGUUCUGAAUUAAAAGAGAUUGUUUUAAACUUAAAGAGUUCUUUUGGUACCAACAAGAUGUGCCAGUUGAUAGCCAAGAUUUGUUUGUUCAUUUGCAAAGUCUGCUGACAUUGUUAUUUACACAGUGAUAAUUUUAUCACAGAACCAGGAAGUGGAACAUGAUUUUUGUUCCUGAAAAAAGCCAAUGUAGAUUGUAAAAAUCUCUGAGUAUACUAACAUUUCACACGAAACCUGCCAUAGUUUUCUGAGGGGGUGGGGGAAAAGCUUCAAUUUUAGGUUUUAUUUUUUCAAUAUUAAAUUUCCAUUCUUGAAUAUUGGUACCUCAGUGAUUAGUGAAUGAAAAAAAAUGUUAUGUAGGGUUGGGUGUGUCUUAACAAUGAGUAAAGAUAACAAUUAAAUUGCGUCUGCCAGUGCCUGUGUAGAUAAGUAUAUUUGUCUUCAUCUCUAUAGUUUUUGAAUGCAUGCUACCUUUUCCUUUUCUUUAAGGCCUUUGCAAGCAAACUUUUGUUUUUAUUUAAAUUCUAAAUUUGGUAAUAAAUUAUUUCAGAUUUUUAUAAUUUGGAUACUUUUUCCAGGUGAGUGACAGAGUGGUUUACUGUAGAAGUCCCUUCUUUUCUUACAGUAAGAAGUUGAAUCUACUUGGAAAAUCUUUGAGAAAUGACUCAAAAGGGAUGAGAAAAGUUGAUGAAGCCGGGAAUUGCUGGGUUUUAGAUGCACUUUUUUUUGAGAGUGAGGGAAUUUUUGGAAAAGAGUAGAAAAAUUAAUGUAAAUUGGUAUGAUUUUAUUUAAUCAAAAUUGUUACUAAGCUGUGAGGAACAGCUUUUACAAAGUAGUUGGAACUUUUUUCCCACUUGGUUUGGAUUCACAUUGCUUCCAUUUCUUAAAAUGCUUCGCUUUUGGUUCUUGGUCUUGAAAAUAAAUUCCAAGGUGCACUGUA